AUGGAUUUCUCAGAAAAGCUGCACGUGGGCUGGAUAGGCUUAGGGUCAAUGGGUCUGGCAAUGGCGGCGAAUAUCCAGAAACACAUACAACAACAUCCAGACGCUUAUCCGCCGCUAAAAUACUGGAAUCGAACACUCUCACGAGGCAAACCGCUGGAAGAGCUCGGUGCCACGGCGUGUCCCACAAUCGCAGAUCUAGUCCAAACCUGCAAUGUCAUUUUCAUAUCUGUCAGCGACGACACAGCCCUAACCACCCUGGCCACCACCAUCCAAUCCAGCGGCCCCCUCUCCCAAAAAAUAAUCAUCGACACAACCACCGUCCACCCCUCCACCACCACAACAAUAUCCACUUCCUUCGCCCAGAAAAACGCUUCUUACAUCUCUGCCCCCGUCUUCGGCGCCACCCCCGUCGCAACCGCAGGCCAGCUCCUCAUCGCCGUCGCCGGACCCCCCGACGCUAUUUCUCGUGUAGCGCCGCUGCUCAAAGGCGUCCUGGCACGCCGCGUACUCCAUGUCGGCGAUGAAGCCUCGCAAGCCAUGUUACUCAAGACCACCAGCAACUUCGUCACAGCCGGCUUGAUGACAUUGCUGUCAGAAGCCCACAUUCUAGCCGAGACGUCUGGACUCCCCUCUUCCACUCUCGAAUCCCUCAUUGAAGAAAAUUUCGGCGCGUAUGCACUCGGUGUGUCGCAGCGCCUAACAUCUGGAUCUUACCUUCCUACUGUGGGACAGGCGCCGGCGUCGGGGCUGGAGCUCGGGAUCAAGGAUGUGGGACAUGGGGUUGCGGUUGCGAGGAAAAAGGGGGUCCAGUUGAGGAUUGGGGAGAUGUAUCUUGAGGCUGCGGGGGAGGCGAGGGGGUAUGUGGAGGAGAGGGGGCGGAGGGCGGAUAGUAGUGCAGUGUAUGGGGUUUUGAGGCAGAGGGCUGGGUUGGGGUUUGAGAGUGAGGUCGUUAGACGGAGGGAUGGAGAGGGUAAGAAGGAGCAUGUAGUCUAUCCAAAUAUAAUCGACGCCUAUGCAAAACCCCAACCUCUUAUAUAUAUAUCCGCUACGCACCUUCGGCAGCCCUUCGCUCCGCCUCUACUUCCGCAAUAA